AUGUGGUGCGGGGGUAAGAAUAAUGAUUCACACCCCUAUCGCUCCUUGAGGAUCAACGGCCAUCUUGUCGCCCUGAAGGUGAUCCGCAUGAAGACAGAGGAGGGGGUCCCCUUCACCGCCAUCAGAGAGGCCUCCCUCCUGAAGGGUCUGAAACACGCCAACAUCGUCCUCCUCCACGACAUCAUCCACGAGGCCGAGUCGCUCACCUUCGUCUUCGAGUACGUGCAGACCGACCUGAGCCAGUACAUGACAGAGCACCCCGGGGGGCUGCACUCCCACAACGUCAGGGUGUUCAUGUUCCAGAUGUUGAGGGGUCUCUCCUCUCUCCAGGUGUUCAUGUUCCAGAUGUUGAGGGGUCUCUCCUACAUCCAUGGCCGCCGGAUCCUCCACCGGGACCUGAAGCCCCAGAACCUCCUGAUCAGCUACCUGGGGGAGCUCAAGCUGGCUGACUUUGGCCUGGCCCGGUCCAGGUCCGUCCCGUGCCAGACGUUCUCCUCUGAGGUGGUGACGCUGUGGUACAGGCCCCCCGACGUCCUGCUGGGCUCCACACACUACUCCACAGCACUCGACAUCUGGGGGGCGGGGUGUGUGUUCAUCGAGAUGCUGCAGGGGGCGCCAGCGUUCCCUGGCACCGACGACGUCAUGGAACAGCUGAGGAAGAUCUGGGCGGUCAUCGGAGUCCCCACGGAGCAGAGCUGGCCGGGGGUGAGCCUGCUGCCCAAUUACAGACCAGAUCUCUUCUCUCCGUCUCCGCCCCUUCAGUUCCAGAGCGUUUGGAAAAGGUGAGUCCAGUCCUGAGAGAGAGAGA